GUAACGCGUGUGGUCGAAGAAUCAUACACGAAUACACCCGAAUCCUCUCGUUCUUCGUUCGACGACGAUGCUUCGGAAGCGACAAGAAAUGCUCUUUUAAAGAAAAUUGCACGUCACAAAUCUCAGAACGAGAUUGGUUCCGAGCUUCAACAAAGCUUGCGUCGAAUACGAAAUCUGCUGAAGCUUCCCAAGGCUCGUCGGUGGGUCAUAUGUGAGUUCUUUUACUCCGGUGUGGAUGAGCAGCUCUUUCUUGGCGACAACGAGUUUGGUCAAUUGAUUCGUGAGGCAUUCCCAAAUCUGAAGACCAUGCUUAUGAACAAGCAGGAAUGGCGUGUAAUACGACGCCUGCUAGGAAAACCGCGCCGUUGCUCGACAACGUUUUUCGAAGAGGAGCGACAAAUUUUGGAUCAAAGAAGAAGAAAAGUGCGCAGCAUAUACGAUGGUUCUUUCACAUCCACUGCAAAUUGUGAUUUGAGUGACAUGCCACCGAAUCUUCCUGCUCCUUUGGUCGUUGGUAUGAAGGUGUAUGCUAGACUACGAGCUCCUAAAGAUGGAAUUUACGGUGGUACCAUUGAUGCAUUGGUUUCUGGUGGAGGAGGAUACAGAAUUGUUUUCGACAAGGAGGACAUGAUUCCACCAGCGUUUGUACCCGACUAUGAAGUUAUGUACGAUGGGUCACUGGAACUACUCUCACUUUCUUACUUCCUGCAACAAAAUAGUGCUCGACUGCCCACUAUGAACUCAACUCGCACUGACGAAAAGGUUGGGAACUUUCCCGUGCGCAUGCUAGUUAUCUUGGUGAAAGUUGCCAAACUAUUGGAGAUCAAAAAGAAGCUCGUGAAAACGUUGACCGAAUUGAACAACGAAGCAGAGAAGGAAAGCAUCCUCACCGAUGUCUACACAGCUGUUUUUCAAGAACGAUACGCACGGACUGUUGUCGAUCUGGAGACGGUUAAUCGACAGGUUAACAUCUACUUAAAUGGCAUUCAAGAAUAUAACACUCAACUAUUACCGCAUCUCAGUGAGGUUAGCAUAAGUGCUCGCCCAGAGGCAUUGCGUCGGAUGUGCGCUUCUCAUGCCAAUCAAAUAGUGAAACAUUGCAACCAGAGUUUGAACGUUACUAAUCCUCAAGCCCUACGCCUCAUAACAGCGUUAACGUCACUUCUCCUUCAGAUUCGCUCGCUAGGACAACAGAAAAUGACUCCAGUGGAUCUCACUGCUCUAAACGACUCUAUCAACGAAAUCCAUCAAAUGAUCUCGCCAAAGAACUACAACUGCUUCCAAGAUCACGUAGAGGUGCACAUGAGACAAGUACACAACGUUAUGCUCAAAAGUGGAGCUAUUGUAACUUGA